UAAUACUGAGUGAUCCUUCUAUACAAAAACUCGAAAAAGCAAUUCUAGCACUUAAUAAUGAAAUUAACAGAAUGCAAACUGAAACAGAAUGGAAAGUGAAAUUCAGUCUCAAGAACAAGAAUCUGCAAAAAGUCACAAAUUUGAAUACUCCGAUGAAACUGAGACUUUCUGAAUCAAAUUUAUUACCUUAUUUAAUGAGAGAAGGAAGAGGGAUGGACAUUCUCCCACGAAAAUAUAUAACAUCUUAUCUGAAGAGAUAG